AAUCCUAUGGGGCAGUCUUAGCGGAGGACACCGUCAGCUUACACUAGGAGAGUUCUUUUAUUGUUAUAGACCUCACCAUAUUGCCUCGUCCAAGGGGACGUAUCACUUUAACGCCCGAGAAAAAGGGCUACGGUUAGUGUCAGAUAUGCCUGACUCGAAUAGAAAUUGGAAGAGUAGGUAUUUCUUUGUUGAGGGGACGGACUGGGUCUGCCGUCAGGAGGAGUGGGUGACGAUGCCCAGUGGUUAUUUUGACAAUACAUGGGCCUUUGUCAAAGAUUCAGGUCAAUCCCGUCACUCAUGAGGCUCGUGUGUGUUUUUUUAGGUGACGGUCGUAACACUUGUUAUUUUUUCUUUUUCAGCUUAUAUCCGUCCGCAGAUAACUGACGAGCAGGAGGGGUUCAUCCAACGGAUUCUAGAGAUCCCUUUGGAAGACCGUAAGUGCCGGGAUUUGAUCACCCUUGACACCCUCCACUUAUACUGUGGGGGCCCAGAUCCGUCAGCGGAAGCUCGUAGGUUGGAGGAGUUUGCGCGCCGGCGUAAGUAGACUUCAACCCCCGUCAGUUUAAUUAUUUCCGUCACUUUCCCUUAUUAGUCUUUCUUUGUUUUGUAGAGAUGGAAUCCGCGAAACAAAGGAUACGGGCCGCUGCAGCUCGUCAGAAAGAAGAGAGGAGGGCCAAGGAAGCAGGGGGGGAAGCCUCGUCAACCCCCGUGGCCGUCGCCAAGGUGGCGAAGAGGAAACCUGACGGGAGUGAUGGCCGUCCAGCCAAAAAGAUUGCCGUCACUCCGUCAGUCGAGCCAUUGAAGGAGAAGUCCCCUCCGACGUCUGGCCACGGCGCGGGAAAGGGGGUGAUGACUUCCACUGGUCCCGUCAACGAGGGCCCGUGCCGUCUCCUAACCCACAAGGAAUACGCCGUCGGGGAGGUUGAAUCUCUUAUCAAACCGACGGACAUGGAGCCCUGUGAUCAAGUAGGGACGGAAGAUUUAGGGGCGUCGGCCCUCUUUGAUCUCUCCAGGGCUUUGGUUCGUGUCAAAGCCCUUCGUGACCGUUGCGAGGCGAAGGAGGGGGUCGUCAGUCGAGUUCGCAGCCACAACAAGAACUUGUUGAAUCAGCAGGCUCAGUACAAGGAAGCCGUCCGUGUCCUUAACCAGGAACUGAAAGAUGUUAAUACUAAGCUGACGGAGGCCAGUGGUGAGAACGUCAAGCUCCAAGGAGAGGUGACGGUUCUGGAGGAGAAGCUACAGACGGCGGGGGCUAACGCGAUCAGAGAUUUCAAAACGUCGCAGUCUUUUAUCGACUCAUGUGGUCAGUAUUACGGCACUGGGUUUGAUGACUGCCUUCGACAGGUCGCGUCGGCCUUCCCGGAUCUGGACUUGUCUGGGAUUACAAUGGACGAUGGAGACGACGUCUCUCUUCAGCCCGAACCUACUCCGGAGCAUGACAGCAGCGUCGUCCUGGCCCAGCCUGCCGUCAACCCUACAGCUCCUGAUUCUCCGGCGGUUAUCGUGGACGUUGAGGACCGUCCUGCUGACGGCAACCCUCCUGCUGCUUAA